GACUGGCCAUGCCCCCAUUUUUUUGUUUUUAAAUCUGUUGUUUGCCAGGCACACAGCCAGGCUUUGGGAUUUUACAAAUAAAUAAAAAUGGUUCUUGCUUCUGAAGAACUUACAGUAGGGGUGAAGUGGAGUGAAAACACGAAAAUGUGAUUUUAAUGUGUUGUAAAUGCUAUGAAAGGGGGAGGGAGUUUGUUUUAUGUAAAACAUUCUUCUAAAUGGUGCCUUAAGUUUUAUUAUUUUUUUAUGGAUCUGGAUGUUUAUCCCUAUACUUUGAAAGAACAGUCUGGACACUUAGAUUUAUUUCUUAAAUCAUAAUUCAGAGGUCUUGAUCCUUAUAUUUUGAUAAUUUUCCUUAAAUGAAUUACUCUAAUUUUUCUCAUUUCCUCUCUGUUGUGUGUGUUUACUAGAUCAUCCUAUAGCUUAAAACCUUCACGUAUGUGCUGCUUUAUUUGGAAGAGCUUUGUGAGAUUUAUAAACGUGGAAAUUUAUCCGUAUAUACCCUUUUACAGAGAGGUUGGUUCCAGAGCCAAUUUUGAAAUGUUCUGUUGUUGAUCUUGCACCUUGUUUAGUUCAGUAAUGCUUUGGCCAGAGAUGUUUUGUCAUGACAUACUUUUCGUUGUUACUGAUGGUGGAAACAUCAUCCAAGGUAUUCCAGAGUGUGAGGCCAGGAGGGUUCUGCACAAACAUGACAUGCUGACUAAUGUUGUGACACUUCUUCACCAAGACAUAAAACGCGCACUUACAAAAAAGUGCGUUGUCGUAAUACCCACAUUGCACAUCAGUGAGAACUAAAUGCCACAUUCCUAUUGUCGGUUUAUCAGGGACGGGGUGCUGCCUCCAAGGACCAAGAAUGUGUCAAGGCAGCAGGUGGGACUAGUUGUGAUUAGUUUAGGAGCUAAGAAGCCACAGAUAUCCCUUUUUAUCUGAUCCUUUUCCUUCUAGUUCCUAGGCCUUUGAAAUGCUAAAUGUCUGAAAAUAAUUUGCAUAGAAUUACUUGAGCUUCUCUGUCAACUGGCGGAUAUGAAAGCAGUUGCCACAAAGUUAUAUUUGAAAUAAAGCUCCGAUUUCUGCCUAACUUUGGUGUCUUUUUGCCCUACCUCACUUUCUUCCUUUCUUCUUCCUCGCUUUCUGCUUUAUCUCAGGGAUGGGGUCGUCUUUUUGAGUUUAGUCUUCUUGGUCCUAAAGACUCCUCUUCAACCCACAGGCAAGGUCGCACUUUUAAUCUUCCCAUGAGAAGUAGUCCUCCGUGAUCUCUUUCAACUGCCUUGAUCCUAAGUUCUGAAAUCUCUUCAUUCUCCGCCUUCCCUCAGUCUUUGUAAUUUGGGGUCAUUACCUGAUUUGGUGCCCACCUUUGUUAGCGUGGUCUACUGGCCAGACUUCUGCCUUUACAGCCCAUAUCCAGCUGUUUCUUGCUCAUACCUUAGAGUCUCUUCCAUUCUUUCUUGGCCUUUGGAAAUCCAACUCAAUCAACUGUUAAGGUUGAGUUGUCACCUUUCCUGCCAUCCUUCUGCAGUUCUUAUGUUCUCCCUCCCUAGUACUUUGCAUAUACAUCUCAUUGUAAUGUAGCUUCUUCUUUUCCACCUUCUUAGGUAAGACAUAAGUUCCAUAAGGGCAGGUUCUGCGUUUCAUUCAUCCUUGUGUAUUCAUUGCCUGGUUCAUAAUAGUCAUUUAUUUCAUGCUUUCUUUGCCCCUCUUUCAGCUCUGAAUCAUCCACCCUCUGCUUUCUUUAUCAUUGUUGGGUGGUUCAAUGUUCUUACAGAAAGUUACCCACUGACCUCUGGGCUCUUUUUCUUCCUCUAAAUCUUAUCUCUUUAAGCAGUUUUCUCAAUGUCUGGGGGUUUUAUGUAAACAGGUAAAUGAAGCCCUACUCAGGGCUUCAAGCCAGAAAGUCAUCUUCCCCCGUAUUUAAAUCACCACUAAGUUUUCUCCUAGGUAACUCUUGAAUUCAUUUACUUUUUCUCUCAUCACCAGCAUGGUCAUAGAAGCCCCGCCAUCUCUUGCCUAGAGUCUCUACUGCAGUCCAGUCUCACCUGUCCUCACCUGUGCACUUUCUCUUGUCCCCUCCCCUGCACCUGUGCUGCAGUUGGCUGGUCUUUCUGAAAUGUGUCUCCCUGCACCCCUUUUACUUAAAAUGCUCAGUGGCUUUCCAUUGCUCUUAGAUAAAUUAAAGCAAAAAUCCUUAACAUGGCACUCGUACACCAUCUGACGGGGAAAUGUUGUUCUAAUCUUUUCAGGGUACAAGUAUGAUUUUAAUACUUAGACAAGAAAAUGUUCUAGAAAAGGACACUUGUUUAGACUUGAAGUGGGCACUCUAGUAUGAAUUCGACAUCUGGUGAACUCUAGUCUUUCCCCACAUUUGAGCAUAAUUGGUUCCUAGAGCCUGCAGCCAAAGAUAAGGCUCAGGGAUUUACUUUGCAUGUGCUGCACUCCUUUUUUCUCUUGCUUACCAGAGAACCUCUCAUGUGAAUAAAGUAGCUCAAGAGACAAAAAUACAGACUUUAUCACAGUGUUUAAAAUCACGGUGUUUAAGGUGAGAAGCACAGUUAAAAGUGUGUAGUGGGAAUACUUUAAUUUGUACGUGUAUAUUAUACUAUAUAUUUUUUACUUUUAGUGCUGAAUGUAAGUUUUUCUUUUUUUGGAUUUAUCUUUUUCAGUUAGUCAUUUAUGCCUGUAAUAGCUGACUUGAUGAAAAACUUGAGUAUGUUUCUACGUUUUUUUCACUCCACAAGUAUGUAUCAUAGACUAAAAACUACCUUGUUAUCGUAUACUUAAUUCCUGCAGUGGGAUCACAUUUCUGUAAGACGGCUGCUGUUUAGGAGUGGAGAAUCUUUGUAAAUAAAAAUAUCUUUUAAAAGUUGUGUUAAAUAAAAAUGUACACUUGGAUGAAAUGCUUCAAGGAUUUAACCAUACAGAACAAAUGAGCACCCGGUUUCUGCAAAUCUCAACAGUAUAACGAUGUAUUAUUUCUUUUGUUAAUUGUUAGUUUGCUGGGGAUUAAAACACAAGUGAUCAUAUUAAGGCUGGUUAGAUUAGUGAUUUUAAUAUGAAACCAUUGCUUUUAGAAUAAUCAUGGGCCAGACUGGGAAGAAAUCUGAGAAGGGACCAGUUUGUUGGCGGAAGCGUGUAAAAUCAGAGUACAUGCGACUGCGGCAGCUCAAGAGGUUCAGGCGAGCUGACGAAGUAAAGAGUAUGUUUAGUUCCAAUCGUCAGAAAAUUUUGGAAAGAACGGAAAUCUUAAACCAAGAAUGGAAACAGCGAAGGAUACAGCCUGUGCACAUCCUGACUUCUUGCUCAGUGACCAGUGACUUGGACUUUCCAACACAAGUCAUCCCACUAAAGACUCUGAAUGCGGUUGCGUCAGUGCCCAUCAUGUACUCUUGGUCUCCGCUGCAGCAGAAUUUCAUGGUGGAAGAUGAAACUGUUUUACAUAACAUUCCUUAUAUGGGGGAUGAGGUUUUAGACCAGGAUGGGACUUUCAUUGAAGAACUAAUAAAAAAUUAUGAUGGAAAAGUCCAUGGGGAUAGAGAAUGUGGGUUUAUAAAUGAUGAAAUUUUUGUGGAGUUGGUGAAUGCUCUUGGUCAAUACAAUGAUGAUGAUGAUGAUGAUGAUGGAGAUGAUCCUGAUGAAAGAGAAGAAAAGCAGAAAGAUCUAGAGGAGAACCGAGAUGAUAAAGAAAGCUGCCCUCCUCGGAAAUUUCCUUCUGAUAAAAUCUUUGAAGCCAUUUCCUCAAUGUUUCCGGAUAAGGGCACAGCAGAAGAACUCAAGGAAAAGUAUAAAGAACUCACCGAGCAGCAGCUCCCGGGUGCGCUUCCUCCUGAAUGUACCCCAAACAUAGAUGGACCAAAUGCCAAAUCUGUUCAGAGGGAGCAAAGCUUGCAUUCAUUUCAUACGCUUUUCUGUAGGCGAUGUUUUAAAUAUGACUGCUUCCUACAUCGUAAGUGCAAUUAUUCUUUUCAUGCAACACCCAAUACUUACAAGCGGAAGAAUACGGAAACAGCUCUAGACAACAAACCUUGUGGACCACAGUGUUACCAGCAUUUGGAGGGAGCAAAGGAGUUUGCUGCUGCCCUCACCGCUGAGCGGAUCAAGACCCCACCGAAACGCCCUGGAGGCCGCAGAAGAGGACGGCUUCCCAAUAACAGCAGCAGACCCAGCACCCCCACCAUUAACGUGCUGGAGUCAAAGGACACGGACAGUGACAGGGAAGCCGGCACUGAGACGGGAGGCGAGAACAAUGAUAAAGAGGAGGAGGAGAAGAAAGAUGAAACUUCCAGUUCCUCUGAAGCGAAUUCUCGGUGUCAAACACCAAUCAAGAUGAAGCCAAAUAUCGAGCCUCCAGAGAAUGUGGAAUGGAGCGGGGCAGAGGCCUCCAUGUUCAGGGUCCUCAUUGGUACAUACUACGACAAUUUCUGUGCCAUUGCCAGGUUAAUUGGGACCAAAACAUGUAGACAGGUGUAUGAGUUUCGAGUCAAAGAAUCCAGUAUCAUAGCUCCAGCUCCCGCUGAGGAUGUCGAUACUCCUCCAAGAAAGAAGAAAAGGAAACACCGGUUGUGGGCUGCACACUGCAGAAAGAUACAGCUGAAAAAGGAUGGCUCCUCUAACCACGUUUACAACUAUCAACCCUGUGACCACCCACGGCAGCCUUGUGACAGUUCGUGCCCUUGUGUGAUAGCACAAAAUUUUUGUGAAAAGUUUUGUCAGUGUAGUUCAGAGUGUCAGAACCGCUUCCCCGGGUGCCGCUGCAAAGCACAGUGCAACACGAAGCAGUGCCCGUGCUACCUGGCUGUCCGAGAGUGCGACCCUGACCUCUGUCUCACUUGUGGAGCUGCUGACCACUGGGACAGCAAGAACGUGUCCUGCAAGAACUGUAGUAUUCAGCGGGGCUCCAAAAAGCAUUUAUUGCUGGCACCAUCCGAUGUGGCAGGCUGGGGGAUUUUCAUCAAAGAUCCUGUGCAGAAAAAUGAAUUCAUCUCGGAAUACUGUGGAGAGAUUAUUUCUCAAGACGAAGCAGACAGAAGAGGGAAAGUGUAUGAUAAAUACAUGUGCAGCUUUCUGUUCAACUUGAAUAACGAUUUUGUGGUGGAUGCAACCCGCAAGGGUAACAAAAUUCGUUUUGCAAACCAUUCAGUAAAUCCCAACUGCUAUGCAAAAGUUAUGAUGGUUAAUGGCGAUCACAGGAUAGGGAUUUUUGCUAAGAGAGCCAUCCAGACUGGUGAAGAGCUGUUUUUUGAUUACAGAUACAGCCAGGCUGACGCCCUGAAGUACGUGGGCAUCGAAAGAGAAAUGGAAAUCCCUUGACGUCUGCUACCUCCUCCCCCUCCUCCUCUCUGGAACAAGCUGCCUUAGCUUCAGGAACCUCGAGUACUGUGGGCAAUGUAGAAAAGGAAGAUGCAGUUUGAAAUUCUGAAUUUGCAAAGUACUGUAAGAAUAAUUUAUAGUAAUGAGUUUAAAAAUCAACUUUUUAUUGCCUUCUCACCAGCUGCAAAGUGUUUUGUACCAGUGAAUUUUUGCAAUAAUGCAGUAUGGUACAUUUUUCAACUUUGAAUAAAGAAUACUUGAACUUC